UCUGUCGAGAAGGAAGACUAAGUGUUAGGAAUAAACACCACAGAAAAAUAGUUAGCUUCUUUAUAUUUAUGAUGUUUUUGUAUUUAACGGCGACAGACAGAUGAUUAUUAGUUGAGCGGUUCGCAAGGAAACUCUAAAGAUGUCCUGCUAUGGAUGUGGUUCUGGGUUUGGCUUAUUUUCGAAAGAGCAUGGAUGUAAACAAUGUGGAUAUGCAUUUUGUGGAAAAUGUUUGACAAAAAAGACGGCCAUUCCAAAACUUAAAAAUGAAAAACACCAUGUGUGCAACAAGUGUUUUAACAUUCUAACUGGUAAAAUCAAGGAUUCCUCACAGGAAAACACUGCCAGAUUUUCUCCUCCAGAAGCCUACAAAAAACGUGUUGCGGCCCUACAAGAACGAGAAUCACAGGGCAAUGUUUUAUCACAUUCCAAGCCUGCAGGCAAAGGGCAGACAAAAGCCCAGUAUAAGGGUCUCACGCAGGCAGAAAGGGACAUAGCAGAGCGGCUGGAUAAACUCAAGGAAAAACCACAAAAAUUAGAAGCUGCACCAAAGGCUACAGAGGAGGAGAUGAAAGCAAGACUGGCUAGACUAAAGGGUCAGGACCCGUCAAUAAUGGCUGCCCCAACCAAGCCAACAUUCCUAGCCCCAGAUAGGCGCACACAGCAGGCUCAAAUAGACGACAUACUGGACGAGAUUGCGGCUGAGGUAGAAAUAGACUCCCACAUGCCUGACCCUGUCACACAGGUUGAAAGUCGACUGGCUAACCUGAAGGGUGAAGGUCAGAGUGGUGCUAGUGCUGGUAAGUCUUCAGCACCUGGUGGCCAACAAAACAACUUAAACAGCAGUUUAACAGAGAGCAGUCAGCCAUUUGUGCAGAACAUCGCAUCACCCUCGGGGAAGUCAUCGGCGGGCAAAACUGAUGAUGACAUUAGUGUCGAGGAGAUGCAUAGGCUGAUUGCCGAGGCAUCAGAGGAAGUAGAGGCAGACGCUAAUAGGGCAUUAGAAGGACUGCAGAAGGACAAGGAGAUCAUGAAGAAGCUGCAGGAUUACAAGGGCAAAACCAAGGAGGACAUAAACAAAGACAAUGCUCAAGGAGAGGACAACGGCGAUUCUGACAGUGACAAUGAAAAUGAGGAGGAAGUGGCUGCUAACCUGAUCAAACGGUUAAUGGAGGAGCAAAAGCUUGAUGAAGCAGCAGGCAGGGACAAUAUAGAUGUUGACAAGAUCGGGGUCAGGAGGUCACUGAUUAAGUCAAAUGAGGAAAGGUCAGAGGAGGAUGAGGAUGAGCUACCCUAUUGUUCCAUCUGUACAGAGGAUGCUACCAUUCGCUGCCACGGUUGUGAUAAAGAUCUCUACUGUAAUCAAUGCUGGAAUAAAAGUCACAAAGACUUCCAAAUGGAAGACCAUGUCACGUCUAAAUACGUGGCCCCCAAGGGAAUUACUUGAUGGAUACCAAGGAUUUUCUGUUCGCCAGGAAUAACACUAAAACUUUAAACUUUUAUCAAUGAUAGAUGAACACUCUCAAGAUUUUACUAUUCUCUAUGUUGGAAGAUAAUAUUCUUAUAGCAAGAAUUUAAUGUUAUCAAAGCCAAAAGUAUUAUAAGCCAUGAAUUUCAUUUAGCUUCCAUAUUUGAUGUAUUUAUUUAUGUAGCAUUAAUAACAGGUAACUAUAUAUUAAGCUUUUGUGUUGUCGACACACUGUAUGUGUGUGCAUGUCACCGUGGUUACAGUUGGAUUAGGGAUCUACCCAUCGCCAUGGUUACAAUAAGGAUCAGGAAUCUAAACAUCGCCAUAGUUACAAUAAGGAUCAGGAAUCUAAACAUCCCCAUGGUUACUAUAAGGAUAAGGAAUUUACCCAUCGCCAUGGUUACUAUAAGGAUAAGGAAUUUACCCAUCGCCAUGGUUACUAUAAGGAUAAGGAAUUUAACCCAUUGCCAUGGUUACUAUAAGGAUAAGGAAUUUACCCAUCGCCAUGGUUACUAUAAGGAUAAGGAAUUUACCCAUCGCCAUGGUUACGGUAAGGAUCAAGAAUCUUCAUGUCACUGUGGUUACAGUGAGAAUCAUGAAUCUAUCCAUCGCUGUGGUUACAGUGAGAAUCGGGAAUCUAUCUGUCACCAUGGUUACAAUAAGGAUCAGGAAUCAAACUUGCAAUCACAGAAUUAACAUUUUAGUUGUCAUGAUGUACGGAAUAAAUUAUUGAUUCAGAGUA